AUGAUUAUAAAAGAUGACAAUUUUACUAUUGGAAGUAUAAGUUUUCCUUAUAAAUUAUUAAAAAAAUAGUUAAACCUAGUAAGAGAGUAUAAAUAAUUGAUUAAAUAAGAUUAAUUUAUUCGAUCCUAAAGAUUAUCAAUAAGAUGACAAUUUUAUAAAAGAUGAUUAAGAAUAGCUAAGAAUAUUACUAAGAAUUGAUAAUAUCAAAUUUUUAAAAAAUAGUUAAUUGCCUCCAGGUUAAUUAAAUUAAAAGGAAUAUACUUUAUUUUUGAAUGAUAAAUAAAUUAUUGUAAAUAAUAGAGGAUCAUAAGGCAAGCAGAAUAAGUAUUCUUCUUUAAAAGAAGAUAUAUUACCUUUUACAGAUAUGUUUCCAUCAGAGAUUAUACAAUUAGAAUAGGAAAAAUAGUCAUACAAGAAAAAUAGAAUUAAAAUAUUAAAUAAAAAUUUUAAAAUAAAAUGA